GAGGAGAAGCCGGGGGAAGGCGACUCUGCUCUGCGGGCGGCGCGCAGCACCAUGCAGCUGGCGCCGCUGGCGCUGGCACUGAGCACGCUCUUCAUCGACGGCUUGCGGGCAGGCAGCCGGCGGCACAAGCUGCACCCCCGGCAAGCCAAGUUGCUGGAGAAGCUCAGCGAGUACGAGAUCGUGACUCCUACCCGGGUGAAUGAAUUUGGCGAGCCCUUGCCCACCGAUGUCCACUUCAGGAGGAGGCGGCGGAGCGCCGGCGCGGGCCCCGACGCCUGGACGGCGGCCACCGCCGCCUCCUCCUCCUCAUCCUCCAAGGCGCACUACCGGCUCUCCGCCUUCGGCCAGCAGUUCCUCUUCAACCUGACGGCCAGCGCGACCUUCAUCGCCCCCCUCUUCACCGUGAGCCUCCUGGGCGAGCCCGGCGCCGAGCAGCGGCGGCUGUACGCGGAGGCGGCGGACACCGACGUGAAGCACUGCUUCUACCGCGGGCACGUCAACGCCCGCCCGCGCCACACGGCCGUUAUCAGCCUCUGCUCCGGGAUGCUAGGCACGUUCAGGUCUCACGAUGGAGACUAUUUUGUAGAGCCGCUGCUAUCACUUGAAGACCAGGAGUAUGAAGAAGAGCACAACAAGCCACAUCUAGUCUACAGACACCGAACACCUCACACCAACUCUUCACGGGACAGGCAGACUUGUGAUACUCCAGGUCAUGAAAACAGUCACAAAAAGAGCAAGCGGAAACAUUGGAGAAAACAGUGGGUAGAAAGCAGCAUGUUGUCUGACGUGGAGAUGUUAAAACACAACCUUGACAUGAAAACAUUUUCUAUGGAGAGCAACAAGACUGGGAACGUCAGUGACAAGAAGAGCCACAGAAGGACAAAACGGUUUCUCUCCUACCCUCGGUUUGUCGAGGUGAUGGUCGUGGCCGAUAGCAGGAUGGUUGCCUACCAUGGAGCUAAUCUGCAGCACUAUGUCCUAACAUUAAUGUCAAUAGUAGCUUCUAUCUACAAAGACCCAAGUAUUGGAAAUUUAAUUAAUAUUGUUAUUGUGAAAUUGGUCGUGAUACAUAACGAACAGGAUGGUCCUGCAAUAUCUUACAAUGCCCAGACAACAUUAAAAAACUUCUGUCAAUGGCAGCAAUCCCAAAACCACCCUGAAGGAAGUCACCUUCAACAUGAUACAGCUGUGCUGGUUACCAGACAGGAUAUUUGUAGAGCGCACGACAAAUGUGAUACUCUGGGUCUGGCAGAGCUGGGCACAGUUUGUGAUCCAUACAGGAGCUGUUCAAUUAGUGAAGAUAACGGGCUGAGCACUGCUUUCACAAUAGCGCAUGAACUUGGCCAUGUAUUUAACAUGCCACACGAUGACAAUCAUAAGUGCAAAGAAGAUGGAGGUAAAAAUCAACAGCAUGUCAUGGCGCCAACGCUGAACUUCUACACCAAUCCCUGGAUGUGGUCAAAAUGCAGUAGGAAAUACAUCACUGAAUUUCUAGACACUGGUUAUGGGGAGUGUUUGCUUGAUGAACCUUCAUCAAGAACUUACACAUUGCCUCAGCAGCUCCCGGGGCUCAUUUAUGAUGUCAAUAAACAAUGUGAGUUAAUUUUUGGACCUGGAUCUCAAGUGUGCCCCUAUAUGCAGAUGCAAUGUCGGCGACUUUGGUGCAUUAACAUUGAUGGGGCGCACAAGGGAUGUCGAACUCAACACACACCCUGGGCUGAUGGCACCGAAUGUGAACCCGGAAAGCACUGCCGGUUCGGGAUGUGCGUCCCCAAGGAGCGGGAGGCGCCGGUGCUGGACGGUGCCUGGGGCACCUGGAGCCCUUUCGGCACCUGCUCGAGGACCUGCGGCGGGGGCAUCAAGACGGCAAUCCGGGAGUGCAACCGGCCCGAGCCUAAAAACGGUGGCAAGUACUGCGUGGGCCGCCGCAUGAAGUUCAAGUCGUGCAACACGGAGCCGUGCUCCAAGCUGAAGAAGGACUUCCGUGACGAGCAGUGCGCCGACUUCGACGGCAAGCACUUCAACAUCAACGGGCUGCCCACCAACGUGCGCUGGGUGCCCAAGUACAGCGGAAUCCUCAUGAAGGAUCGGUGCAAGCUCUUCUGCCGCGUGGCCGGCAACACGGCCUACUACCAGCUCCGGGACCGCGUCAUCGACGGCACCCCCUGCGGGCCCGACACCAACGACAUCUGCGUGCAGGGGCUCUGCCGGCAAGCCGGAUGCGAUCAUGUGCUGAAUUCAAAAGCAAGAAGAGACAAAUGCGGCGUUUGUGGUGGGGAUAAUUCUUCAUGCAAAACUAUUGCAGGCACAUUUAACACGGUGCAUUAUGGCUAUAACAUUGUGGUCCGCAUCCCAGCUGGUGCCACAAACAUUGAUGUGCGUCAGCACAGUUACUCAGGGAAACCAGAGGAUGACAACUACCUGGCCUUAUCUAACAGUCAAGGAGACUUUAUAUUAAAUGGAGACUUUGUCGUCAGUAUGUUUAAAAGGGAAAUCAAAGUUGGGAAUGCCGUGAUCGAAUACAGCGGAUCAGAUAAUACUAUUGAAAGGAUUAAUUCUACUGAUCGGAUUGAGCAGGAAAUAACACUUCAGGUUUUAUCAGUGGGCAAUUUGUACAACCCUGAUGUUCGCUAUACAUUUAAUAUCCCCAUCGAGGACAAGCCGCAGCAGUUUUACUGGAACGCCUAUGGCCCGUGGCAGCCCUGCAGCAAGCUGUGCCAAGGAGAAAGGAAAAGGAAACCUGUGUGUGCAAGAGAGUCGGACCAGCUCACGGUGUCAGACCAAAGAUGUGACCGAAUUCCCCAGCCUGAUCCAGUAACUGAGCCCUGCGGCACAGAAUGUGAAUUAAGGUGGCACGUGGCGAGGAAGAGCGAGUGCACGGCCCAAUGUGGCCUGGGCUACCGCACGCUGGAGAUCUACUGCUCCAAGUACAACCGGCUGGAAGGGAAGACGGAGAAGGUCGACGACCGCUUCUGCAGCAGCCAGCCCAAGCCGAGCACGAGGGAGAAGUGCACAGGGGACUGCAACGUGGGAGGCUGGCGCUACUCGGCUUGGACAGAGUGCUCUAAAAGCUGUGGCGGGGGCACGCGGCGGCGGCGAGCCAUGUGCGUUAACACCUACAACGACGUGCUGGACGACAGCAAAUGCAGCCAGCAGGAGAAGCUGACGGUGCAGCGGUGCAGCGACUUCUUGUGUCCCCAGUGGAAAAUGGGUGAUUGGUCUGAGUGCCUGGUCACCUGCGGGAAAGGGCACAAGCAUCGCCAGACCUGGUGCCAGUUCGGUGAAGAUCGCUUGAACGACAGGUUUUGUGACCCCGAAACGAAGCCGGAGUCGGUGCAGAGCUGCCAGCAGCAGGAGUGUGCGUCGUGGCAAGUCGGACCGUGGGGACAGUGCACAGUGACCUGUGGCCAAGGCUACCAGAUGAGGGCUGUCAAGUGUGUGGUAGGCACCUAUGUGUCGGUGGUGGAUGAUAACGAGUGUAAUGCUGCAACCAGGCCAACAGACACCCAGGACUGCGAAAUAGCAGCGUGUCCUCCCCAUCCAAAUAGUCCCGAAGCCAAGAGAUCCGUGUCGGGCGUUCACAGGACGCAGUGGCGAUUUGGAUCCUGGACACCAUGCUCGGCAACGUGUGGGAAAGGCACCAGGAUGCGAUACGUCAGCUGCCGCGAUGACCAGGGCUCGGUGGCUGACGAGUCGGCUUGCUUCCACCUCCCGAAGCCCUCGGCCACGGAGAUGUGCACCGUGACACCGUGUGGGCAGUGGAAGGCCUUGGAGUGGAGCUCCUGCUCAGUGACUUGUGGUCAAGGUAAGGCAACGCGACAAGUGAUCUGCAUCAAUUACAGUGACCAGCUGGUGGACAGAAGCGAAUGCGACGCGGAUGACCUGCCCGCCACCGAGCAAGACUGCUCCGUGUCUCCUUGUCACCCAAACAGCCAUGAUUACGGCAGGCCCAUCCACCCUUUCCUCUACCCGGAUCAUCGGCUCAAGCUGCAGCCGGGAGGCAGCGCCAACCGAAACCGGGCGCACGUGCCGGGGGGCAAUCAGUGGCGCAUCGGCCCCUGGGGUGCUUGCUCCAGCACGUGUGCGGGGGGCUUCCAGCGGCGCGUCGUGGUGUGCCAGGAUGAGAACGGAUACACGGCGAGUGACUGCGACGAGAAAGCCAAGCCCGCCGAGCAGCGCUCCUGCGAGUCCGGGCCCUGCCCGCAGUGGGCUUACGGCAACUGGGGAGAGUGCACGAAGCCGUGCGGGGCCGGGACGAGGACGCGGCUCGUGGUCUGUCAGCGCCCGAACGGGGAGAGGUUUACGGAUCUGAGCUGUGAGAUCCUCGACAAGCCGCCGGACAGGGAGCAGUGCAAUGUGCAGGACUGUCCUAGAGAUGCUGCCUGGAGCGCUGGUCCUUGGAGCUCGUGUUCUGUCUCCUGUGGAAGGGGUCAAAAGCACCGAGCUGUGUACUGUUUGUCAAAGGAAGGGAGGCAUGUAGAAGAAGAUUAUUGCAAGCACCUUGCUAAACCCAAUGUGCAAAAGAAAUGCAGAGGGGGCAGAUGUCCGAAGUGGAAAACGGGAGAUUGGGGACAGUGCUCGGCGUCCUGCGGGCGAGGAGUGCGGCGGCGGCCCGUGCGCUGCCACGGCGGCCCCCGCGACGGCGGCUGCGACGCGGCGCUGCGGCCCGCGGGCGAGCAGCCCUGCCGCCUGGCCGCCUGCCCCGCGUACCGCUGGCACCACGGCGAAUGGCAAGCGUGCACCAAGACGUGCGGGGAGGCGUCGCGGCGCCGCCGGGUGCUGUGCGUGGACGAGCGCGGGCGGGCGGGCGGCAGCGGCCGCUGCGACGCCGCCGCGCGCCCCGCCGACGUGGAGAGCUGCCGCCUGCCGCCCUGCGAGUACGUCUGGAUCACGGGCGAGUGGUCGGAGUGCUCCGUGACGUGCGGCAAGGGCUACCGGCAGCGCCUCGUGUCCUGCAGCGAGAUCUACACGGGCAAGGACCACUAUGAGUACGGCUACCAGAGCACCGUCCACUGCCCCGGCACGCAGCCACCCAACAUCCAGCCCUGCUACCUCGGCGAGUGCCCUGUCUCGGCGUCCUGGCGCGUCGGCAACUGGGGCAGCUGCUCCGUGACCUGCGGUGUUGGAGUCAUGCACCGCUCAGUGCAGUGCUUGACCAAUGAUGACCAGGCCAGUAGCUUGUGCCACACAGAUCUGAAACCUGAGGAAAGGAGGACGUGCCACAACGUACACGACUGUGAAUUACCGAGGAGCUGCAAAGACGUUAAAAAUCUCAAAGGUGUCACUGAGGAUGGUGAAUAUUUCCUUCAAGUGAAAGGCAAGACAUUAAAGGUCUAUUGUUCUGGGAUGCAGACGGACAGUCCGAAGGAGUACGUGACUCUCGUGCACGGGGACGCAGAGAAUUUUUCGGAAGUGUAUGGAUACAGGUUACAUAACCCAACCGAGUGUCCGUAUAACGGGAGCCGGCGCGAAGACUGCCAGUGUAGGAAAGAUUACACAGCAGCUGGGUUUUCCACCUUCAGCAAAGUAAGGCUGGACCUGAACACUAUGCAAAUAAUAACGACUGACUUGCAGUUUGCACGGACACAUGACGGACGACCUGUUCCUUAUGCCACUGCUGGGGACUGCUACAGCGCAGCCAAAUGCCCACAGGGUCGCUUCAGCAUCAACCUGUACGGAACGGGCCUGUCGCUAACAGGAAUGGCCAAGUGGCUCUCGCAAGGGAAUUACGCAGUGUCGGAGAUUCAGAAAUCCCCCGAUGGUACCAAAGUAGUAGGAAAAUGUGGCGGUUACUGUGGAAAAUGUACUCCAUCGUCCGGAACAGGCCUUGACGUUCAAGUGUUAUAGCAAUGGUUCUCUGCAAGCUGAGAUGGAUGAAGGAUAGCGAUGCAAUACCUCUGCCUUCCACUUUUUUUAAAAAAAAAAUCUGUUUAUGUGUGUAUAUAGAUUGCAUAUUCUUAAUGUACAGUAUAAUAUUUAUGUUUGGAAUUAUUUAUUUUGAUUUAAUAUUUUUGUACGUAAAAUCAUUAUAUUAAGGCUGCUUUUCCUAUUUUUAAUUUUUUAUUGUUAAAUCCUGCAGUCAAACCACUGCAUUUUACGUACUCUACAUUAUAUGUAGCAUUAUGACAAGUGAUACUUUAUUGUCACUGUAUUCAGUUGUUUACUUUCAGUCAGUAAUUUUCCUUCAGUUAUGGGCUGCUUUGGCCCUUAACGGUGCUACACAAUCUGCAUAGGGGUAUUUUUGGCAUUUCAAUCUGUCUUUGUGCAAGGAAAAUAGACAAGAUGUGCUUAAAUCUUAUUUUAGCGAUCAGGCUGACAGCACUCGAGGAAAACACGACAAUGAAUACAGUGCUAGUUGCAUUAGCAAUCUUUAUCUUUUAGGUAUGUUUUGAGUUUCACAUGACCUCUGUGGCCAGUGCUAAGAGUAACUGGUUUGGUGCUAACAUGGUAUUUAUUAACGCUCUGUAGUUGUAGUUACUUAAAUCCAGUGCCUUUACCAGCGAAAAGAGGAAGAAAGCAGAAAACAGGCAGCCCAUUCCAAUAAAUACUUGGGAAAAGUUUCCCCACUUUGGAAAACUUAUAAAAACAGAUUGCAAAGUUGAACCCCUUUUUUUGUAAGGCUACUGAAUGAAGUAGGGGAAAUUUUGAGGGGGAAAAAGAACGGGGGAAAAAAGCAAAAGA